AUGAUCCAAACCACCACGAGACUGUCCAACAGUCAGUCCAAGCCCGAGACACAUCGAACAUCCCCCCAGCCUCCACGGAUCCUCCGCGGUUUCACAGUCGAGCCCACUCCGCCUAGGAGCAUGGAAUCAUCCACGAUGAAACGGAGAGCAGUUGAUCCGGCCGAGGAAUCCAUGUCGCCAGUGUCACGGCAGGCACCGUAUGGACGCCGGCAACCACAGACUUCGUGCGACUCGUGUCGGAAGCGGAAGCUCAAGUGUGAUCGCGGACAGCCAUGCUCGAGUUGUGUGACACGAGGCUUGCCCUGCCAUGGGCAUCCAAGUGCCAAAAGAUUGGCAAUAGAUCAGAGGUUGGUGGACUCAAAUUGUCAAUGUUGUCCGAGUGCCGUGCAUAUUGAUGGCACAGGUAUGUAUGGUAUUUACGUAUAUGAGCUAAUAUGUCUAAGCCCGGACCCAUCAUCAAGUGAGAGCAUCCUUCGGAGGCUUCGCGCCCUUGAGGUAGCCGUCUUUGACAGCCACAAGGAGAGGCAAGCUUACCAGGAGCAGAGCUCGCAACUUAGCGUCGCCAACACGCCGCCGCCUUCCGCGAUAGAGACUGAUCAUGGCAACCAACCGGCCCGGGCAAUAGCGAUAGUCCCCCUUGGCCGUUUGGGUAGUCUCAAGUUUGGCAUCUUGCCCCCGCCGCCCAAUAAUAGCCCGAUGUCCUUUUCCGGGCCGCUUACGGAGCCAGGUUUCGUUUGGAUGGUACCCGAAGAACAGACUAUAGCAUUGUUACAAGACUAUCUCGAUCAUGUUUAUCCCCUUAUCCCUAUUAUUCAUGGACCGGCAAGCCGGGAACUUAUAAGGAAGUUUUACAAUGGGAUGGCCUGCGGAGCAGUCACACCACAGGUUGCGGCCCUCAUACUAGGGAUGAGUGCCAUCAGUGCCUAUUUCUGGCAGCCCGACACUGAGCGUCACGCUUGCUUCGCGUCUUCCAAAGAAGCCUCCGAGGCGUCUCAUACUUGGCGGGAGUGGGCGGCCCACAUCUUGGCCAACACGCCUAAGGAGCCAGGCGGCUGCACGUUGGAGGAGGUGCAGGCUUGGACCCUGCUCUCCUUCACGGUUCAGAACAUCGAGGGAUGUUCCUAUCACUUCAGAUUACUGCACCAAUCUUCGCUCACCGCCGCCCGCGAGUUGUUAAUUCAUGUCGUCGACAGCCCAAGGGCAGACCCCAACCAAGACGGCGUGACGCGCGGAAGUCAAGCGGAGGAUUUGGUGGUAUAUCGCUGCAACAGAUUGGUAGGUAACAAGCCCCUGGCUCGACCUUGUAUGGGAUCACUGAUUGAACAACCUAGGCUCCUUGGUUUCAUGGGAGGCCCACUUGAAGGUAUAUAUUCUGUUCAGCCAAAGCACAUGGCCGUGAAGUAUCCGAGGAACAUGAACGACAAUGACAUGGGGAUGUUCGACAUCAACGCUCCUGUCAACAUGUCCACCCAGAUGUCGUACUUCAUCCAGAGGAUCCGCAUCGGGGAGGUCGUCCGAGAAGUGCUAGACACCAGCCACCCAGGAGGUCCCGACGUCGACAUCACCGACUACGACAAGGUCCGCCAGCUCGACCACCUGUUCGAGCAAGCCUUCAUGGACCUGCCGCCCUUCUUCCAAAGCCAGCGCCCGCUCCCACCCGAGAAAGCUCGACACGCUCGAGCUGCAGCGCGUGAUCCUCCAGCUCGGCCUACUCGCCCGCCGCGCCCGCCUACACCGGGCCCUUUCCUUCUGCAGCAAGGCCUCCACGAGCCCCGCCACCAACGAUCCCGCGAGAUCUGCCUCAAGUCCACGCGGGCCGUUGUCAGCCUUUCCAUCAGCACCCUACAGUACUCCCUGAACAUGGACCAACCCGGCGCGGCCGCCGCCCCCGCCGCCGAACGGCCCCAACCCCCAACCAGCGACCCCCUCUUCCAAACGCGCCGCCAUGUCAGACGGAGCUCUCCCCAAACCUGCACGAGUCCCUGGAAAGCGCUCGGCGCAGAGUCCCCCGGUGGACGGCCGACCUGCUGCGGAAACCUGGUCGGGACUGCUAGCGCGGUAUCGCGUGCAGGGGGACGGGCGUGGAUGGUGGCGAUGGGGAUGGAGGUGGAGGGGACCCGCAGCAGAUGCAACAGCCAGCAGCAGCAGCAGCAGCAGGGGGGACAGGUGCAGAUGGGGGGGUUGCAGCAGCAGCAGCAACAGGGGCUUGGUGGUGGUGGUGGUGGGGUUGAGGAGCUGCACUGGCGGGCGAUGCCGGGGCAGAUAGGGGAGGCGCCGGCGGCACGGUUCGGACCUGUUGUGGAUGCGGCGGCCGCGGCUGGGGAUGUGGUGCCGUCGAUGGUGGGUGGUGAUGCCGAGGGGGUGAUGGUAGGGGGGGAGGGGGUGUUGAGUUUGGAUGGGCUGUGGGAUGGCUUUGUGAUGGGAUCGAGCGAGGAUUAUAAUCAGCUUUUUACGGAUUUGGAUUAUUACUGUGGGAUCGCAUAG